AAAGACAGAAAGAGAGACAGACAGAAUCUUGACUCAGGAGGGGGUGAGACAGCAGCAUCAUCAUCUUCAUCCUCCUCAUCAGCGCGUGAGGACACUUUGAUUUCCGUCUGGAGCUCCAGCAUCACCCGCCUGUAAGCGCCUGUUUUCAUCAUUCCAGGGAAUUCUGUAGCUUUUCCUAGGAAUAUUGUAUGGUGAUGGAAUACACGAGCACGAGACGAGCUGAACGUGUCGCGCGCCGCACAGUGUGUGUUAUUGGACAGAUUUGAGGGCAGAUGUGUGUUUGUCGCUUUAAUGGGGGUAAAUGAAAGUGUCGUUCUGCUCCUUUAGCUUCUGAAGCUAGCUGGCUAACAUUGCUACCCCAUCCAUAGAGCAAAAGAGAGAGAAUCCAUGCAACAAACAUCUAGAUGUGUUCAAACAGCUGUGAAAUAUUCACGGGUUUCUAGCGAUGAGCACUUUUCCUUCUUGUAAGCGGAAUAAAGAUGUCGCUCGUCCCUUAAAUCACUUUCUGCUGAACUGGAAGUGAUCCACUGUUGUCCUCAGCCAAUCAGAUUGCCCGCAUUUGAACUUCCUCCUUCUGCCCGAAGAAAGUCAUACGCGUUUGAGACGGAAUAAGGGUGUGUACGCAGUCAUCAUGACUAAAUCAUACAAGUUUAACUGGCAAAAACAUGUGCCGGAGUUCCUGCAAGAGGGAGCUGUGUUUGACCGAUUCGAUGAGGAUCCGUUCGUGUUUGAACCCAGCUGCCAUUUCAAAGUGGACGAGUUCGGCUUCUUUCUCACAUGGAAAAGUGACGGAAAGGAAGGACAAGUUCUCGAAUGUUCUCUGAUCAACAGCAUUCGUCCUGGAGUCGUGUCGAAGGAUUCAAAGAUCGUGGGUUCACUGGAGGCUGCAGGGAAGAAUGAAACCGAUCUGGAUGGUCGCAUCAUCUGCGUGUGCAGCGGGCCGGAUCUGGUCAACCUCAGUUUCAUGUACAUGGUGACUGACAACGCAGACACCGCCAAGAAAUGGAUGGAGGGCCUGAAAUCAGUGAUACACAACUUCAAGGCGAAUAAUGUUUGUCCAAUGACGUGUCUGAAGAAACAUUGGAUGAGACUGUCGUUCCUCACAAACAUUAAUGGGAAAAUCCCUGUGAGAGGUAUAACACGGACGUUUGGCUCGGGGAAAACAGAGAAGGGAAUCUUUCAGGCACUGAAGGAGCUCGGGCUGCCCAGCGGGAAGAAUGAAGAAAUUGAACAUUCAGCAUUCACGUUUGAUAUAUUCUACUCGCUCACGCAGAAAAUCUGCCCGCGUACGGACAUAGAAGAGCUUUUCAAACAGAUCAGCGGAGACAAAAGUGAUUAUUUAACCAUAGAGCAGUUAGUCAGCUUUCUGAAUGAAAAUCAGCGAGACCCUCGACUGAACGAAAUUCUCUUUCCCUUUUACGACUCCAAACGAGUUACGCAGAUCAUCGAGAAGUACGAGAGAGACGGCAACUUGAAGAAGAAAGGUCAAAUGUCUUGUGAUGGAUUCUGUCGGUAUCUGAUGUCAGAUGAGAAUGCGCCGGUGUUUCUGGAUCGUUUGGAUCUGUGUCAGGAGAUGGAUCAUCCGCUGGCUCAUUAUUUAAUCAGCUCCAGUCACAACACGUAUCUGACCGGACGACAGUUUGGUGGGAAGUCUUCAGUGGAGAUGUACAGACAGGUGCUGCUCUCUGGCUGCAGGUGUAUUGAGUUGGACUGUUGGGAUGGUAAAAGUGAAGAUCAGGAGCCGAUCAUAACUCACGGGAAAGCCAUGUGUACUGACAUCCUGUUCAAGGAUGUAAUUCAAGCCAUAAAGGAAACAGCAUUUGUGACGUCUGAAUAUCCUGUUAUUCUCUCGUUUGAGAAUCACUGCAGUAAAGUGCAGCAGUAUAAGAUGGCGAAAUACUGUGAGGAGAUUUUCGGCGAUCUGUUACUGAAGCACCCGUUGGAGGGAUUUCCAAUUGAAGCCGGACAGCCGUUACCAUCACCAAACGACCUCAAACGAAAAAUACUCAUCAAAAACAAACGAUUAAAACCUGAAGUGGAACAGAAGCAGUUGGAGUCGUUUAAGAAGCACAUGGAAGCUGGUGAGAUGAGCAUACAGACUGGAGAAGAUGAGAAUGAUGAAGAUUUAGACAGCGCGGUGGACAGUAAAGAUCUGAACUCUGACCUGAAGAUCAACAACAGUCUGUCUGUGUCAGAAGAUCCCAGUGAAGCCGAUCACCAGGACAACAGCAUCAGGAAAAAGAUCACAGAUGAUGAUGUCACAGACAUUUCAGAAGUGACAGAAAUUACAGACGCAACGGACAUCUCUGAAGCUUCUGACCUGGACAAUAAAAAGAAGGGUGUAGAAUCAGCAGAAGAUGCAGACGCUGAGCAGCAGUUAAUCGCCUCGUACAAGUAUGAAGGAGCGACGACCAACAUUCACCCGUAUCUGUCAGCGAUGGUGAAUUACGCUCAACCUGUCAAGUUUCAGGGCUUUGAAGUGGCACAAGAGAGAAACAUUCAUCACAACAUGUCUUCUUUUAAUGAGUCUGUUGGUUUGGGUUAUCUGAAGACAAACGCAAUCGAGUUUGUCAACUACAACAAGCGGCAGAUGAGCCGGAUCUACCCUAAAGGCGGUCGCGUGGACUCCAGUAAUUACAUGCCACAGAUCUUCUGGAACGCCGGAUGCCAGAUGGUGUCGCUAAACUUCCAGACUCCAGAUUUGGGCAUGCAGCUGAAUCAGGGAAAGUUCGAGUAUAAUGGGGCAUGCGGGUAUCUUCUGAAGCCAGAUUUCAUGCGGCGUGCCGAUCGGAUGUUUGAUCCUUUCUCAGAGACGCCGGUAGACGGAGUGAUCGCCGCCACCUGCAGCGUACAGGUGUUCUCAGGUCAAUUUUUAUCAGAUAAGAAGAUCGGCACGUAUGUGGAGGUGGACAUGUAUGGUCUUCCCACAGACACCAUCAGGAAAGAGUUCAGGACACGUAUGGUGAUGAAUAAUGGACUGAAUCCAUAUUACAACGAGGAGCCGUUCGUCUUCAGGAAGGUGAUUUUGCCCGAUCUGGCCGUGUUGCGUAUCGCUGUAUAUGAUGAUAAUAAUAAGCUGAUCGGUCAGAGGAUCCUGCCGUUAGACGGUCUGCAGGCGGGUUACAGACACAUCUCACUGCGCAACGAAGGAAACAAACCUCUCUCGCUGCCCACUGUCUUCUGUAACAUCGUACUCAAGACUUACGUACCUGACGGCUUCGGGGCUAUUGUUGACGCUCUUUCUGAUCCAAAGAAAUUCCUCACCAUCGCUGAGAAACGUGCCGACCAAAUGCGAGCGCUUGGAAUUGAAACGAGUGACAUCGCAGAUGUACCGAACGAAAACUCUAAGAGUGAUAAGAAAGGUAAAAUCAAUCAGGUGAAAACAAGCGUGACGCCGCAGAUGAGCUCUGAGAUGAACUCAAUGACGAACAACAUCACUGAGAACAAACGUGAUAAUUCUGCAGUUGUAAAUCAAGUAAACAUUGAAGAUUUGAAACAAAUGAAGACGUUCAUUAAACUGAUGAAGAAACAGCAGAAGGAACUGAACACGCUAAAGAAACGACACGCCAAGGAACACAACGCCAUGCAGAAGUCUCACUGCUCUCAGGUAGAUAAAAUGGUCGCUCAACACGACAAGGAGAAAUUCACACUGGAGAAACUUCUAGACAAAGCCAUCAAGAAGAAAGGAGAAAACAACUGUUCAGAGUUAAAGAAGGAAACGGCGAUAAAAGUGGAGACGCUCACGACAGCCCAUAAAGAGAAGGUGAAGGACAUCGUAGCGCAGCACACUAAAGAGUGGUCAGAGAUGAUCAACACGCACACUACAGAGGAACAGGAAAUGAAGGACGGUCAUGUGACUCAACAGUGUGACCUCCUGCACAAGCUGCUGGCCAGCGUACAGGAACAACAGACGCUACAACUCAAACUCGUACAUGAACGGCAAAGCAAAGAAAUGAAGGCGAAUCAGGCGAAGUCAUCGAUGGAGAACAGCAAAGCUAUCAGUCAAGACAAGAGCAUCAAAAAUAAAGCCGAGCGUGAGAGGAGAGUUCGCGAGCUGAACAGCAGUAAUACUAAAAAGUUUCUUGAAGAGAGAAAAAGGUUGGCAAUGAAACAGGCGAAAGAGAUGGAGCAACUACAGAAAAACCAGCGAGAACAACUGGAGAAACUGGAGAAAUUCAACGAGCAGCUUUUGAAAUCACACCAUGCAAACUGUCAGACUCAAGGCCAAGGACAUUCAGAAGAUGGUGAAGCUGGAGGAGGAGAUGGACCGCAGACCAGUCACAGUGGUGUAAUGCCUUCAGCUGACAAAUGACACGAGAGAGAGAGCGAACGCCACCUUGCCAACAGAAUCCGACAGAAGCCCCACAAAUCUACAUCACUGCCCUCAACGCGACUGUCCCGAAAAAAACCUCCCAAAUCUCACCCUAUGUUACAUGUGUCCUGUUCAGCUCAGAGUCUCUUCUGUGUCACGCUCCUCACGCCUGCAGUCUGUACAUCUGUAACCCCACCCCCUUCUCCCAACCUCAGCUCUAGCCCCGCCUCUGCAGCUGUGAUCAGCCAACCCCAGCCGUAACUCCGCCCACUCUGCUAUAAACACUCCCAUGGCUGCGUUCACCCACUGAUGCUUUGAAGACACCCCUCAAGGGUCAGACUCACCAUAUGCGUUUUUAUAAACCAGAACGGCUUUUACGUCCCCUACUUAGUGAGCACACUGGUCUGCAGUCUUCACAUCAGUGGCUCGACCACUCGAAAACUUUUCUCUUAACUGAGCUAGUUAACCGUAGCAGCAAACAGGCGAAUGUGAAGUUUUAGUUUGUUUUAUGCUGUCAGCACAAUCUGUGUGAACAUUGCUCAUGUGUCCGGAGCACUUUAUAUGUGAUAGAUGUCAGACGAUCUUUGAAUAUGUAGCAGAGUGUUAGCUUUUCUCUGUACAGGAAGAAUGUAGAGCGAAACCAGAUCACAAACCAUUCUAGUGUGAAUGAAACCAAACGUCAUCGCUGCAAUACUUCUUAAACUGCUGUACUUGUUUAACGAGCAGUUUGCUUUUUAUCAUUUGUUCUUGUACGUUUGUAAGAUACAGUUCAGAUGUGCACGCUGUUUUACUUAAAAUGUUUGAAACUUUUUAAGAUACUCAACAUCCCUCAGUCAGUGUAAGUAAUUUAAUCACAGCCUUUGAAACAUUUAUGGUUGUUAAUGUGUACACAGCGCUGCACUGGACCUGUUUGAAGACAGUUGGUGUGUUUAGUGCAUGAGGAGUAUUGGCCGGGACAGGUGCAGGAAGUAGCAAAGCGUCACACCUGUGUUGUUCAGGUCCUGUACUGUACGGUGCUAUAAACAAAAACAAAAAACCUGAACUUUGGCAGCUCCUCGCAUGGAUUUGGAUGGAGGUAACACGUCAACAUUUGUCUAACAGAAACUUUUUUCAUUAUUUCUGACAUCACACUGAACUUGGGUUACAUUUUUGGUUUUAUACAUUUUAUUUUUUAGAAGUAAGCUAUUGGUACUUGUUUAAAAGAAAGAGUUUAUUGUAUAUUCUGGAUUAUAUGUGCUUAUAUUGACCAAACGUUUGAGGGUUUUGGGAUCAUAUGUAUAUUGGUUCUUAUGUCUCCCUGUUUUCUUCUUUACGUUCAUGUUUUCAAGUAUUUGCUGGUGACCACAUGUCUAGAGUGAAAGCAAAAGUGCUUUAAAACUCCAUCGCUUACAAAUGUGCCACUAUAUGUCAGGUAGGACAUUAAAUAAUUUUACAAAUGCCAAAAUAAGGGGUUAUUUAUAUACAGAUACAUGUAUAAAUAAAUACAAUUAUUAACUAUAGUGAGUACUUUAAGACUACAUUUUGUUUCUUAGAAGCUUUUUGCACUAGUUGAAUGUUUUCUGUUGUGCAACUUUCAUGUAGAUUUUGCUCUAUAUUAUAGUUUGCGAGAAAAGCAGAUUAUUUUUGCAGAACCGUCACUCUGAAUCUCAUGGUUUUUAUUUGUUUGUCUCCUGUAGUCUGUAGCUAAUGGAUCAUGCUGUGGGUGCUUUUGUAUUUAUAUCGUAUUUGUCCAAAUUCUAGCAAUGAAAAUACUUUUAAAAAAUCCUGUUGUUAUCCUGCUACUUUAAUACUGUUUUAUAGUAUGUGUACCAAUAAACUAUCCCAGGUGUUAAAUGGAAAUAA